UAGGGGCGGGGCAGGCACUUCCGGGGAGGCCUUGCGGGCCGCGGGUGUGGACGCUGGGGCCAGAGCUCAGCCGGAAGAUGUUUUACCACAUCUCCCUGGAGCACGAGAUCCUGCUGCAUCCGCGCUACUUUGGCCCCAACCUGCUCAACACGGUGAAGCAGAAGCUGUUCACCGAGGUGGAGGGGACCUGCACGGGGAAGUAUGGUUUUGUCAUUGCUGUCACCACCAUCGACAACAUUGGUGCUGGUGUGAUCCAGCCAGGCCGGGGCUUUGUCCUCUACCCGGUUAAAUACAAGGCCAUUGUCUUCAGGCCCUUUAAAGGCGAGGUCGUGGAUGCUGUGGUCACUCAGGUCAACAAGGUUGGCCUCUUCACAGAAAUUGGGCCCAUGUCUUGCUUCAUCUCUCGGCACUCCAUCCCAUCCGAGAUGGAGUUUGAUCCCAAUUCCAACCCGCCCUGCUACAAGACAAUGGAUGAGGACAUUGUCAUUCAGCAGGACGAUGAGAUCCGCCUGAAGAUUGUGGGGACCCGCGUGGACAAGAACGACAUUUUUGCGAUUGGCUCCCUGAUGGAUGAUUACCUGGGGCUUGUAAGCUGAGCACGGCCUCCUGCCUGCUGCAUCCCAGCUUGGGAAGUCUGUGGGUCCGUGUGCUGUGGCUUGUGUCCAGCUACUGUUGGGGAAGAAGGUUCCUUUUGCUCAGGAGAUGCCUGCCGCUGUGCUCCUUCCUGCUCCACUGCUGCUGGAAGAUGUCUGUAUUCUAACCAUAAAAGGCCCUUGAUUCUUA